GUAGUCUGGACCGCCUGCAUGGCAGCUCCGUGACCAGAAACAAAGGCUUAUCUAUGAGAGCCUGUUUUCUGGCGCGAUGAACUUCAAUAUGCGAAGACUCACUGGGCUCAGAAAUGGAGAAUAAGAAGAUAAAGGCUUCGCAAGCAUUUCUAUCUGCUGGAUAAUCAAAUUUCUUACCUCGUCGAUCGGGUGUACCUGUCUGUCGGGCGGGUCACCGGAAUUACCCGCGCCGCGCCCGGGAUGGAGCUCGACGACAAAACCACCAAACAAUUGUUCUCGCCAGCCCCUGCCCACCUCGCCGCAGCUCCGAGCCGCAACACACCAACCGCCCAUGGCCUCCAAAUCCGCACUGCUGCCGCGCGGCGGGCCACCGCGCCUGCUCGCCCGCGCCGGCAGACGGCGGUACCAAGCUCCAACAUGUCCCUUUUGCUCACUCGCCCCCCAAUCGACGCCCGCCAGGCAUGCCCAGACCAGCAGAGCUCCCGCGAGACCUCGCCGCGACGUCGCCUCAGCAGCACGGCCCAGACGAUGGCAGUCGACUGCGACGCCCGUGACCUCGGCCACGCCGCCGCCGCCGCCGAAUCCCCGCCUCGAACUCGAAAACGCCCUCCUUGAGCUCCAGCGCCGGGCUCCCAACCUCGUCAACCUCUCCCGCCUGCAAUUGGCACUGCAGGGCCUGCGACAGCCCGCCGGCCAGGAAGUCGUCCGUGUCGCUAUCCUCGGGCUGGCCAACGGUGGCUCGACAGAGGGCGGCGCCGGUGCCGUCCAUACAGCCCGCAGGGUUCUUCGCAUGUUGCUAGUCGACCCGCUCUCCGACGAGCAGCCGUGGGAGCAGCAGUUGGCGGAUCACGACCCGAGCAAGCCUCUCAUCGUGCGCGUCGCGCCGGGCCAGCGUCGUGAUGUGCGCGUCGACAUCUCAACGGAUACGGCUCUGCAUGAGCUGCAUGUCUCGUCGCCCGACUUGAAUGGACUCAACCUGGAGCUGCUCCUCAUGGAGGUCACCGCCCCGUACGGCGCACCUGGCGAGGUCACGGUCCAGUCCCUCGAGGACGCCAUCCUCGUCCCCACCGUCGACAUACCUUCUGCGGAAGACCGCCUCUCGCCAGUCACCACUCCCGUACACCAGGCGCUUCUCGUCGCCGACGGCUUCAUGGGUGCCGUCAACGUCUCCGCCCUGCCCGUCUCCGAGGCAGGUGGCUCCAUCAAGGCCGCCGUCCAAGUCGAAGGCGUCGCCAAGGAGCAGCUCGAUACAGACUUUGAUGUCAUCGACGUCUCUCAAGCAGAACAGGGCAUUCGGCUUUUCCGCCAAAGUCCUAAACACGCCAUGGACUACGAGCGCCUCUGGUUCACGAGCAACAUCCCUGCUCUCGCGUCGUGGCUCAGAGCUGGUGCCCAGUCCACCGAGGAGGCCACCAAGCCCGCCGUACGGCAGCUCAUCGCCUCGCUGCUUCAAAAUACAAUCUCCUCCAUCCACGCCGCCGACGCGCAGAAGCUGUCGCGCGCCCUCGCCGCAGACGGAGCUUCUCCCGCUCUCGUCGGCCUACACGGCCGUCUCGCCGACUGGGCGCAGCGUGCCCACGCCGAGCUUCAGGACGAGCUAGAUCUCGCCUUCACCGGUCGCCGCUGGAGGAAGCUCGGCUGGUGGAAGCUCUUCUGGCGCGUCGACGACGUCGCCAUGCUGACAAACGAGAUGCUCAGCCAGCGCUUCAUGCCCACGGCCGAACAGGAGCUCGUGUACCUCACCGGCCGCAUCGCCGAGCUCCUCGCCGGCGACUCCCCGCGGUACCCGCAGCCCGUCUCCGCGCGUGACGCAACAGACAGCGGCGCCGUCGCGUCCGAGCAGCGCCGCCUCGGCUCCGGGGAGCGGGCGCCCGCCCUCGCGGCGACGUCGUCCUCGGCGCUACCCAAGUGGCCCGGCCACAUCGCCUUCACGCGCCGCUACCUGCAGAACGAGACGGUCCCCGCACUGCAGUCGCUGGCGCAGCGCCUCGUCGUGCAGGCGCUCGGCACGUCGGGCGUGGCCACGUCCCUCGCCGCCCUCCUGUACGCCUCGUCGCUAGCGUCCACGCUCUACGAGGCCGGCGCCGUGGCCGCCCUGGGCGUCGUGUACAGCCUGAGCCACAUGCAGAAGAGGUGGGAGACGGCGCGGGGCUUCUGGGAGGGCGAGGUGCGUGAGGAGGGACGCAAGGCGGUCAGGGGCGCCGAGGAGAGCGUAGCCGCGGUGCUCGACAACGGGGCGGCGGUCAAGGCCUCGGAGCAGGAGGCGCAGGAGCUGCAGAGCGUGAGGGAGCUGGUGGCCAAGGCCGAGGACGCGCUAUCGCGGAUACAAUAG